CGGAGAAAGUGAAGGGUGAGGCACGGCCCUGCAGAUUUUCCAGCGGAUCCCCCGGUGGACUCAUGUCGCGCAGUGGAACCGAUUCUGAGCAACGCCAGCAGGCGUCGGAGACGGACACCGCAGCAGCAACCUUCCGGGCAAACGGUUGGAACGCUCAUCCCGAGCCAGACCGACAAGGCGUACAAUCGCCCGUGUACGACGAGCUGCAGACCAUCAGCAUAUCCGCUACAACCCGCUGCAGGAUGAGUGGGUGCUGGUGUCAGCUCACCGCAUGAAGCGGCCCUGGCAGGGUCAAGUGGAGCCCCAGCUUCUGAAGACAGUGCCCCGCCAUGACCCCCUCAACCCUCUGUGUCCUGGGGCCAUCCGAGCCAAUGGAGAGGUGAAUCCCCACUACGAUAGCACCUUCCUGUUUGACAACGACUUCCCAGCUCUGCAGCCUGAUGCCCCCAGUCCAGGACCCAGUGAUCAUCCCCUUUUCCAAGCAAAGUCUGCUCGAGGAGUCUGUAAGGUCAUGUGCUUCCACCCCUGGUCGGAUGUAACGCUGCCACUCAUGUCGGUCCCUGAGAUCCGGGCUGUUGUUGAUGCAUGGGCCUCAGUCACAGAGGAGCUGGGUGCCCAGUACCCUUGGGUGCAGAUCUUUGAAAACAAAGGUGCCAUGAUGGGCUGUUCCAACCCCCACCCCCACUGCCAGGUAUGGGCCAGCAGUUUCCUGCCAGAUAUUGCCCAGCGUGAGGAGCGAUCUCAGCAGGCCUAUAAGAGUCAGCAUGGAGAGCCCCUGCUAAUGGAGUACAGCCGCCAGGAGCUACUCAGGAAGGAACGUCUGGUCCUAACCAGUGAGCACUGGUUAGUACUGGUCCCCUUCUGGGCAACAUGGCCCUACCAGACACUGCUGCUGCCCCGUCGGCAUGUGCGGCGGCUACCUGAGCUGACGCCUGCUGAGCGUGAUGAUCUAGCCUCCAUCAUGAAGAAGCUCUUGACCAAGUAUGACAACCUCUUUGAGACGUCCUUUCCCUACUCCAUGGGCUGGCAUGGGGCUCCCACAGGAUCAGAGGCUGGGGCCAACUGGGACCACUGGCAGCUGCACGCUCAUUACUACCCUCCGCUCCUGCGCUCUGCCACUGUCCGGAAAUUCAUGGUUGGCUACGAAAUGCUUGCUCAGGCUCAGAGGGACCUCACCCCUGAGCAGGCUGCAGAGAGACUAAGGGCACUUCCUGAGGUUCAUUACCGCCUGGGGCAGAAGGACAGGGAGACAGCAACCAUCGCCUGACCACGCCGACCACAAGGCCUUGAAUCCUUUUUUUUUUUCAACAGUCUUGCUAAAUUAAGCAGAAAGGGCCUUGAAUCUUGGCCUAGAAUUUGGGCAGAUAUAGCAUUAAUAAAACUGUGCAUCUCAAACUUU